AUGAGAUCAAUUUUGAGUUCUUGCGAGGAAUCACUAAACGACAUAUUAUUGAAUGGAGUAUUAGCUUUUUUUCCAUCAACUUAUCAACAAGUAAAUGAAACCAAUGGAUUUAUAUAUUCUUCAGGAACACUUUUUGGUACAACUAGUUGUGAUAUGAAUGGAGAUGGAUAUAUAGAUGUCAUUAUCGAAGUAAGCGGAACAACAUACAUAAUGUUUGGACCAAUUAAACAAUUCAACACCCCACCAAAUAAUACAAAUUCAAUUGUACUUCCAAUUCUUAUCAACAAUCUGAUACCAGUUUGUGGAGAUAUAAACAAUGAUGGAUAUCCUGAUCUUGCAAUCUGUUCAAUGAAUCCUUCAUCUGGUACUUUGUAUGUCAUUUAUGGUGACAAGAAUCUAUCUCCAGGUACAAUUGAUAACACAUACUUUGAUGGAGUCAGAGGAUUCUAUUAUAAGGGUGAAGCUGGUACUACUCAAGCACUUGGAUACAUCAGACAAAUUGGUGAUAUCAAUGGAGAUGGUAUAUCUGAUUUGAUUUUUGGAUCAUCUAUUGGUGCCACAGGUUCUACAGGAACUGGAGUUACUUAUGUGAUCUAUGGUCUCCAAAGUGGAAAAUAUUCAUCCACAAACGGAAUACUUGAUUUAGCAUCAUAUGUCAAUGGAGUAAAUGGAUUCAGUAUUAGUUCUAAUCAAUGGAGCUUAAUCUUGGGUGAUAUUAACAACGAUGGAAUAUUAGAUAUGAUGGGUGAUAUUGGUCAUACAUAUCUUCAAAUAGUGUAUGGAUCAAAGAGUUUUUCGGUUUCGGGAUCUGUAUAUACACCUUCUUUCGACGGUCAAGAUGGUUUUAAAAUAACCUUUCCUGGAUAUUCUAUACUCACUUCAGGAAAUGCAGCAAAUAGUGUUGGUGAUUUCAAUGGUGAUGGAAAAAAUGAUAUUUCAUUAUCUUUUAAAGGAGGUUCAAUUAAUUAUGUUUACUUGAUAUAUGGAGUCGAUAGUUUCCCCGCUCAGUUUAAUGCAAUAAGUUAUUUGAAUGAAAGUUCAAAAGGUUCCAUUCUCUCCAUGGGUAGUUCUUAUAACCUUUGUUUAAAUGCAAUUCUCAAAGAUAUCAAUGGAGAUGGUUUAGAUGAUCUAACAUGUGCUGGUAAUAAUGUUUGGUCGGUAUUUGGAGCCUAUUCAUUACCACUCACUAUGAGUGUAACUCCAAGCACAAUUAAUCAAUGUAAUGGAUUUAUAUUAAAUACAUUUAGUCAUUUCACCUAUGGUGAUUUUAACAAUGAUGGAAUUCUAGAUAUAUUGUCUUACUAUCUCCCAAAUAUGUAUGGAAUGUAUGGAUCUAAAUAUUAUUCAAUUUCAAUCGACAAUCAAAAUACAACACUCAACUAUUCACCAGAACACAAUUAUAAAGUUUUCAACAACUUUACAUUUCAAGAUGUUGGACCAUGUCCAAUUUUAAGAAUCAAAUUGAAAGUUUCAGAAGCAUCAAUCAAUGAUAUUCUAUAUUUGAAUGAACCAAACAACAAUCAUUAUAAUUAUGUAAGAUUAUCAUCAAGUGAAAUCAUUGUAUAUUCGAAUGACUCCAUUUCAGCACCAAUUGGAGAUCUAUUACCAUUCGUUUCAUUGAACAGUACAACCAACACAUCAAUCACUAUCAUUGGAGAAGCACUUGGAUCACAACAACCAUUUUAUAUCAAUAUCAAAGAUGAAGCUUCGUCAACAACAACCACAACAACAACAACAGACAUUUCAACAACAUCUACUUCGACAACAACAACAUCAACAACAGGUGGUACUCCUACGACUGAUGGUGGUUCAACAACAACAACAACAACAACAAACGGUGGAUCUACAACAGUUGGCUCAACAACAGGUAUUACAAUGACAACAACAGGAAUAUCGAACAAUUCAUCAGAUAAAGAUGAUAAAGAUUCAAAGAGAAAUGUUGGUGUCAUCAUUGGACCAAUCAUUGGUGGUGUUGUGUUGAUAUCGAUCAUUAUAUUCGUUGUUUUAUACAAGAGGAAGAGUCAACCAAAGAAAGUGGUUUCACAACAAUCACAACAUGAUUUAUCGAUGGUCAAGAUCUAUUCUGGUGGUCAAGUUCAAGAGAUUGAUAAAUUUUAA